AGUUGAUACUACCUGCGUAAAUUCUGCAAUAUUUCUUCCGUUAAACCACCGUUUUUUUACGGUUAUCUAACAUUUGUUUUGUAGAAAGAAAUUCCGAAAGAGUGAAAGACUGAUGACGCGGUGACAGACCGAACAAACAUUCUGCUGACCUUCCCGGGAAAAGGACAAUCCGUCACGCAUCUCUAUGGUGUAAAAAGCCCAUCAGAGGAAAGAGAUGAUUUGGAUUUGCUUUUUAACGCAAGGACGUUAAAUAAUAUUCAUUUAUAUGAAGUGCUGGGUCUGAAGUUUUGAACGUCUUUAAAGCCACCAGCAAGUGGAAAUGAAUCUGCUGGUUACGGACCAUCAUACGGUUAACGAUGGUAGUUUCCUUAUAAUGCGCAAGACACCUUGAGAUACUUUCGGAUAACUGGAUACUUUGACCUAGCCAUUUAUGAAUGUGGGAGAGAGUUGUUGUCAAUGAAUCCUAAUGCCACAUCCUAAUCCUCCAUACAGUGUCCGGCCACAAGGAUGACGAGCUGGACAACGCAGCGAAUCCUGAUCGCUGCUCUAAUAAUAGCUGUCUCCAUUGGUUAUUUCUUGUUAGAACCGGGUCUGCCGACAUUCAGCCAUUUCGCGCGACAUUUCAGCUCUAUUCGAUCAGCAUCACCCUGGAAUGAUAUGAAUCCGAUAUGUGUGUCCCAAAAGCAACGGGCGAAGAGCCGGACGUCGACCUGUCCCGGCUCCGUUGCGACUUGGUGUAUCGUAUGUCUGGUCGGAUCGAAGCGGCUAGGCGAUACCGUCUGCAGCUGCGCCAGGCGUUCCAGACGGCCUACAACAACACGCUCAGCGGUGCAUCCUCGGCCCGAUACCUGACGUAUAACUAUCGACCGAUCCUGGACGCUGGACUGGGCAACUUGAUGUUCCAGGCGGCCACGCUGCUCGGCUGUGCGCGACAGAACAACCGCAUUCCCGUACGCAUUACCAAUGAUUCACGGAUGGACCUGUUCGAAGGAAUGGACAUCGGCUACAUUGAACCGUCUGUUCUCUUCCCUAACAAUUCACUGGAAGCGCGGACUCUGGGCGACUUGGGACCGGGAAAAUUCAAUCCCGCCUUCCACAACGUGAGCUUGCGCUUUCCGAACGACGCCGCGGCGCUAUCCGGAUACGGUCAAUCGUGGAAGUACUUUCACACUAUCGCCCCCGAGAUCCGCGCGCUGCUGACCUUUCGGGAGUCCAUCCAACUGGAAGCCAUCAACGCCAUUCUGGAGGGCCUGAGAAGUGUGCGCCAUCGUAGCACACUGCGCACCGACAGCCAAAGCCAGCAGCCGGUACGCGUGGGGAUCCACGUGCGCCGCGGCGACAUCAUCAGCAAUGCCGGAUUCGCCGCUCACGGCCACGUGGCCGCCACGGAAGAGUACCUGCUGCGUAUGGCGUUGCGCAUGCAGCGCCGCUACCCGCACGCCGUCUUCUUCGUCCUCAGCAACGACCUGGACUAUUGUCGCCGGCUAUUCCGCGAGCCCAACGUCGUCUUCGUCACCGGGAAAGCACCCGCCGUAGACCUGACCAUCAUGACCUUUAUGGAGGUGCUGGUGCUGAGUGUGGGCAACUAUGGGUGGUGGGCGGCGUACCUGAGCGACGCGCAGGAAGUCGUCUAUUUCAAGGACUGGCCGCGGAAUGGCAGUGAGUUUGCCCGGGGUCUCGCAGCGGAAGACUACUUCCUGCCGGCAUGGCACGCUGAUAAUUAGCCGGGUGGUUGCGCAAUCACCGUCAGCGGUCACCAAUCGACAGAUUUGUUCAUCCAUGCCGCUGUCUUGUGUGAGUUGGUUCUAUGGCCUACUGCGUGCUUUAGAAAUAAUAGUUCUGAUGAAGUAGAAUGCUCGUAAUGUUUGUUUUACCAGUUUCAGGGCAUGUUGUUAUGAAUGGAAUUAGAGUUAUUAUGGUUCGGCAGUUCUAUUGUUUUUUACCAA